CUACGCUACAACUGACCUCUCGCGAGACUUUACGCAGUUUCCCAGCCAGCAGUGUGGUGUGGUGCGUGUGCGCGACAGUAGACAAGGAAAGAUGGCGACGCAGGAGAGCGGAGCAAGUAAAGCUGCCGUAAGCAACGGCGAGGUGAGCAGCAACGGGACUGCUGCACCAACAGAUGGCCAGACUGUUCAAACAACUGAAAAUGCACAGGACCCUCAGCAGCAGCAGCAGCAGCAGCAGGCGCCUAAUGCAUGGCAGGUUAUUAAAGGAGUCCUCUUCAGAAUCUUCAUAAUCUGGGCAAUCAGCAGCUGGUUCCGCCGAGGGCCAUCCACUCCUGACCCCAGCACACCCGCUGGGGCACCCAGGGUACCCAGCAGAAACCUCUUCCCCAAAGACACUCUCAUGGACUUGUAUGUCUACGUGUCCCAGGAGGAGGUGUUCUCUGACUUCAACAACACAGAAGCCCUAUUCUGGUUCCACAGGGACCUGGUGUAUGGGGACUGGACCACAGGAGAAGAUGGAGAUGGCUGUUACCAGCAUUAUAAAGAGAUGGACAUCCCAGAGAAAAUACAGCAGAAUGGUUCCCUUUACAUACACGUGUACUUUGCUAAGAGUGGAUUCCACCCAGACCCCAAACGCAAGGGACACCAUCGCAGACUGGCAACAGUUCAUGCAACACGAAUGUUGAAUAAAUUCAAGCGAAGGAAGUUUCUGAAGACCAAGAAUCUGUUGACAGGGGAAACGGAAGCAGAUCCUGAAAUGAUCAAGCGGGCAGAGAGCCAUGGUCCAGUGGAGAUCAUCUCUCACUGGCAUCCAAACCUCACCAUCAACAUGGUAGAUGACCACACAGCCUGGGUCAAAGGCUCCGUUCCUCCUCCUUUAGACCAACAUGUUAAGUUUGAUGCUGUAAGUGGUGACUAUUACCCCAUCGUCUACUUUAAUGACUAUUGGAACCUGCAGAAGGACUACUAUCCCAUCAAUGACAGCCUGACCAAACUCCCACUUCGCAUCAGCUACUGCCCACUAUCUUUGUGGCGCUGGCAGCUGUAUGCUGCCCAGAAUGCACGCUCGCCAUGGAAUUUCCUACCUGAGGACACGUAUGAGCAGUCUGAUGAAGACCAGGAUUCAGUUAAGGUGGCCCUUUUGGAAACCAACCCGUACCUGCUGGGACUCACUAUUGUUGUCUCCAUUGUGCACAGCAUCUUUGAGUUUCUAGCCUUCAAGAAUGAUAUCCAGUUCUGGAAUAGCAGACAGUCUCUGGAAGGACUUUCUGUGCGUUCCAUCAUAUUUGGCGUUUUCCAGUCCCUGGUGGUGCUGCUCUACAUUUUGGACAACGAAACCAACUUUGUGGUGCAGGUCAGCGUGUUCAUUGGCCUUCUCAUUGACCUGUGGAAAAUCACCAAGGUCAUGGAUGUCAAAUUGGACAGAGAGAACAAAAUUUUGGGUCUUUUCCCAAGGAUAGUUUUCACCGAUAAAUCAACAUAUGUGGAGUCUUCGACCAAAAUCUAUGACGAUAUGGCCUUCAGGUACCUGUCGUGGCUGCUCUACCCUCUGUUUGGCUGCUAUGCCGUGUACAGUUUACUGUAUGUAGAGCACAAAGGCUGGUAUUCGUGGAUACUUAGCAUGCUCUAUGGCUUCUUAUUAACGUUUGGUUUUAUUACGAUGACGCCACAGCUAUUCAUCAACUACAAAAUGAAGUCUGUGGCUCACCUCCCAUGGAGGAUGCUCACAUACAAGGCUCUCAAUACCUUUAUUGAUGACCUGUUUGCAUUUGUCAUCAAGAUGCCCAUGAUGUACAGGAUAGGAUGCCUCAGAGACGAUGUGGUGUUCUUCAUCUACCUUUACCAGCGCUGGAUCUAUCGGGUCGAUCCAAACCGGGUCAACGAGUUUGGCACCAGUGGACUAGACCAUGACAAGAACAACACAGCAGCAGGUGACAGUGCUACUGCCCCAGCAGGCGCCAUUACAGACAAACCAGAGGGAGAGAAGAAGAACGAUUAAACGCGACUGCACCCUUAUCUGCCUCCCCGGCUCAACCCGGCCGGGGCAAAGAGGACUUGCGGAAAUGAGGCAGAGAUGGGAGUUGUUGUUUUAGCUGUCAUGGACGCCGCUACAAAAGAAACGCAGUUCAACUGUUUCCUCUGAUUUCUGUGUGGAUCCACAGAGAAUCCUGUUCAGUGUAGACUUGGUAAAUUCUGAUUUUUGUUCCCCGCCCAUCUUCGCCCUCUCGUUUUGCUGUUCAAGUGAAGUAAAACAAAACGUGAUGUACUGUAUUCUGUAUGAUUUUUCAGAGGGUAACCGUGUAUUGGAGUAGAUGUUGGGAGGGGAAUGAGGGGUUAUAACACUUUUUUUUUUUAAAUACCAGGAAGACAGAAGCCAAGUGCAACUUUUUGUUUUGUAGAUUCCUUGUGAAUUCUUUUUUCUCUUCAUUCCAUGUGAGCACUGUGUUUCGGAUUGUCUGGAAACUGGUGAGUAGUGCUGGAGGAAACUGGAAAAUCCAUAUUCAGAGCAGACAUUAGAGAGAGAGCGAUGUGGUGACUGGAGACUAGAAGAUGAAACCACAGUCCACUACCUUCAAGAUCGUGACUAUUCCCCUCAAUUUUAAACUAAUGGUUAAGUUUCUAAACUUAAACAAAAAAGAACAGCCUUGUUGGUAUUAAUAUAAGUAUAAUAUUGUCAGUUACUUACUGUUUUUGCUUUCAGCCACUGAAUCAUUUUUUUUGUAUGUCCUCUUACUGUACAGACUCUCUGCUUGUCAUGUUGAUACUACAGGUGUUCAAACUGCCCAGCAAUAGCUAAUUUGCAAGCUUAAUUUUAAAGCCCCCUCAGUCAAAUGUCUGGUUUUCAAACUGUUUGAAGCUCAAAGCUCAUCACUUUGAUGAUCCCAGUGGAGACAGUCAAGUCUGUGCUUAAAAGACAUGUCUUUUUAUUUUCAGUGCUGUAAAUUCUGAAACGGAGGGUUCCAUGUUGGUACAAAUUAAAUUUUGAGCAUUAAUGUUUAUAGUAAAACUUAAUGUGUGAUUUAA